CGCAACAUGAUACCUUUCGCAACGACCGAGCACCUCAUCCUCCGUCCUUGGCGCCCGUCGGACGCCGCCAGCUUCUUCAGUCUCUACAAUGACCAACGUGUUGCUCAUGGGAUCGUGCUUGGCUAUCCCGUCCCCUGGCCGGAGGCGAGGUGGGAGAGCAUCCUUGCCGCGCUGAACAGGAUGUUGCUUCUCCUCGUGCUGGAGAUCAAGCCUGAGUUCAUGUACAUGCGUCGAUCAGACCCAGAAGAAAUAGAGGACGAGCGGGAUAGCGAAGGCGAAAAACGCGAGAAGCGCAAGAUCGUUGGCUUCGUUUCGCUUGUGCUGCCGGAGCCGAAGAACCGCGAUACCGAGUUUAGCAUCGCACUCGCUUUUGCGUGGUGGAGCCUCGGUCUGGGGACGGAGGUCCUGACGUGGCUUAUGCGAUACAACUUUGACAAGCUGGGAAUGCAUCGGUUGACGUUGCACGCGUUUGGAGAUAACGAGAGAGCUGUGGAACUAUACAAGCAUCUUGGGUUCGUGCUGGAAGGAACGAUGAGAGAAGCUGUGCUGCACGACAAUGAAUGGAUCGACCUCGUUGUGAUGGGCAUACUUGACCGGGAGUGGGAGGCUGUCAGACGGAGGCCGCUUGAUCUCGCAGCUUUUGACGACGUGAUUGUACAGUCUGUCAUGAGACUGAUAUGAGGUGGAUGAAAUCUCAGAUAUGGUCAUGGUAAAGUAUGGCACUUGUCACAGAUAUGCAUAUCAUCCAUUGUUCUGGGUACUUAUCUUGGAAGGUCUCCGGCAUUGUCCG